AUGUCUGCCUUCUUCGGGCUUGGCAAGACACGUACAUUCAAACCGCGCAAAGAUGUUCCCGAAGGAACAAAGCAAUACCAACUCCGAAAAUAUGCUGAAGCAACGCUGGGGUCGGGGAACCUCAGGCUUGCUGUUCAGCUGCCGGACGGUGAAGAUUUGAACGAAUGGUUGGCAGUACAUGCAGUCGAUUUUUUCAAUCAUUUGAACAUGCUGUAUGGCACUGUGACCGAAUUUUGCACGCGUCAAGAGUGUCCGAUAAUGUCUGCCGGUCCAAGAUACGAAUACCUCUGGGAAGACGGGGUGAAGUACAAACGUCCGACCAAAUUGCCAGCGCCAGAGUACGUCGAUGCUCUUAUGAACUGGGCGCAGAACCUCCUUGAGGACGAAGCUGUUUUCCCGAACAAGAUAGGAGUGCCAUUCCCUAAGAACUUCCGGGAUACAGUGCGGACUAUUGUCCGGCGACUGUUCCGAGUCUAUGCGCACAUAUACAGUAACCAUUUUGACCAUAUAUGUGCGCUAGGCAUUGAAGCGCAUCUCAAUACCAGUUAUAGACACUUUUUCUUAUUCAUCAAUGAGUUCGAUCUUGUCGAUAAGAAAGAACUCGCACCUCUGGACGAGUUAAACAACGCUAUUCUUGCGGAAGAUAAAACGCGAUAA